GCCCGUAUAGCAGCCCCCAAGAGCAAGUGGCAGCCCGCAAAACCCACGCUCGGACGCGCCACUGCACCACCGUUCCGCCCCACCGCGCCGCACCUCCGCCCGCGCCCAUGUCAUGACGACUAUCCGACGGCGCGCCGACCCCUCGCCAUCUUCCCCUCCUCCCCUCCUCUCCCGCCUCCGCUCCGCGGCCUCCAGUAUCCUGACGCGGCAGUACAGCACGAAGAAGGAAGGCGACGGUCGGCGGAGCGGUGGAACCUUUUCCGCGCCAAGGCCGCUUAGGACAGGAUUCGUGGAUCCUUCAUCGUGGAUAUAUUUUGACUCAAGGACUGUUGGUAUUAACCUGGAUGCUAUACCUAAGGAUGCAUGGGCGGUUCUAAAAAAGCUCAAGCGAAAAGGUUUUGAUGCUUACCUUGUUGGGGGGUGUGUGAGAGAUUUGCUACUGAAAAGGGUACCAAAAGAUUUUGAUGUGAUUACCACUGCAAGUCUCCAACAGAUUAAGAAAAAUAUAUUCCGAGGAUGUAUGAUUAUAGGCAGACGUUUUCCAAUAUGUCUGCUUAAAAUGCGUGGCUCAGUAAUUGAGGUUUCAAGCUUCAGUACGGUUGGUAAUUAUGUGAAUAGAAGUGAAGAGGUAGAUUUUUUGGAAGAGUUGAAUGGCUAUGAUGCUGGGGAUAUUCUUCGCUGGAAGAAUUCUAUGAGAAGAGACUUCACAAUAAAUGGUUUAUUCUUUAACCCGAUGAACUACAGAAUUUAUGAUUACGUGAAUGGAGUAAGGGAUAUGAGAAAAAACAAAGUGUGUACAGUGAUUCCUGCAUAUGUUUCUUUCACGGAGGACCCUGCAAGGAUUUUACGCGGCUUGAGAAUUGCUGCUCGCCUUGGUUUCCAGUUUUCCAGUGAAACUUCUACUGCGAUGCGUGAUCUUUCGUCAUCUAUAAUUAAUAUUGAUAAGGCAAGGUUGAUGAUGGAAAUGAAUUAUAUGUUAUCUUAUGGGGCAGCAGAGCCUUCUGUUAGAUUACUUAGAAAAUAUGGACUACUCGAUAUUUUACUGCCUUUCCAGGGCGCAUAUUUGUUAGACCAAAUGAAGGGUAAAUCAAGUGACAAAGAUCUGAUGCUCAUGAAACUAUUGGCUAAUCUUGAUAGAUUACUCUCUGCUGACCGGCCAUGCCACUGCUCUUUGUGGCUGGCGUUGUUGGUAUUUCACAGUGCUCUGGUUAAUUCUCCACAAGAUACCCUGGUAAUCAGGGCUUUUGCUGCACUGCUGUAUUUCGGAACUUGGAAAAGCACCAUCAAAUUUUUGAAAGAAGAUGUUGGAGCACAAGUUUCGUAUGUCCCAGAAACAAUGGGGACAUCUCAGACCAAACUGGAUAAUCUUAUGGAACAAACAUCUCAUCUUGCAUCACUACUCAUUUCGUCAGUACGUACAUUGACAUGUUUAGAUGCUCUGCAGAAAUCACUAGCCAGAUUCCCGAGUGCUCCACAAUUUUCAGGACUAGUGCUUGUAUCCAACAACGACAGGAGCAGGUUGUUGAGAAUAUUUGAGGGCAUUGAUUCUGACUUAACUUCAAAUGAUGAGAGAAGAGGGAUGCAUGGGAUUGAUUACUGGUCGCUGAAAGAUGGGCAUCCUAAUGAGGUCCGAUUUGUUCUUGGUAAAGUGAUCUUGGACACUAUGAGUGAUGAGUUACCGUGCGAAUCUACUGAGGACGCUGCUGCAACGAUAAAGCCAAAUCUUGCUGAUGGAAGCCAUCCUGCACUGUCCACACUAUUUUAAUCAUAGUGAAGCAGCUGUCGUAACCCAGAACAAACUAUAGUGAAGCAGCAGUCGUAACCCAGAACAAACUAGUCUUCUGUUUCUGGUCAGUGCUGCUAAGCCCAUCGACCUUGUUUUAGAUUUUGCUGGUGCUGCAGGAUGGCCACAACAAGAAUUCACUGGUGCCUUUUUGUUGUAACUAAACUUGCCUCGAGAGGAUGAUAUCUAUAAGAACAGUUCCUGCUUGAACUGUUCUUGCUUGAUCUGUCUAA